AUGUCUAAGAGAGGACGUGGAGGUUCUUCCGGAGCGAAGUUCCGCAUCUCCUUGGGUCUCCCGGUGGGAGCGGUCAUCAACUGUGCAGACAACACAGGGGCCAAGAACCUGUACAUCAUCUCAGUGAAAGGCAUCAAGGGACGUCUGAACCGUCUGCCCGCCGCUGGCGUGGGAGACAUGGUGAUGGCCACGGUGAAGAAAGGCAAGCCCGAACUCCGGAAAAAGGUGCAUCCUGCGGUGGUGAUACGGCAGCGGAAGUCGUAUCGGAGAAAAGACGGGGUGUUCCUGUACUUUGAAGACAAUGCGGGGGUCAUAGUAAAUAACAAAGGAGAAAUGAAAGGUUCUGCCAUCACGGGCCCCGUGGCCAAAGAGUGCGCAGACCUGUGGCCCAGGAUCGCCUCAAACGCCGGCAGCAUCGCUUGA